GGGUGUUUUCUGUUGUUAUUUUGUUUACUUUUCCCAUCAGUUGUUCUUGUGCUUCAAAGGGCGAGCUCAGUGUCAAGUGUUCAAGAUGUCCAAAAGAAAAUCGUUGACAAUUGAAGAAAAAGCAAACAUUAUUUGGAGACUGCAAGAAGGUGAGUCUAAUACGAUGUUAUCUAAAGAGUUCGGCGUUUCCCACUCAACGAUAUCCACUGUGUGGGCAAACAAAGAAAAAAUAAGACGUUGUUUUGAAGAGAAAUCUUUUUUGGUUAAGAAAGUUAGAAGGACUCAGCACACCGAUCUAGACAAAGCAUUACUUCAAUGGUUUAAACAGCAUAGGGAGAAAAACGUUCCUAUUAACGGCCCGAUUUUACUUACAAAAGCACGAGAAUUUUCCGUAAUGCCGAACAAAGAUUUCCAACCCGACCCAUCGUGGGUUCAGAGAUUUCGUAAUCGCCAUAAUAUCGUCUUCGCAAAAAUGUCAGGUGAAUCGGCAGCUGUUCCUGCAGGGGUGAAGGAUCGUUGGCUUGGUAACGUUUGGCCGAAAAUUCGCGAAGGCUACGUGGAUGAAGAAAUCUUCAACUGCGACGAAACCGGGCUAUUUUACAAACUCACUCCUGACAAAACUUUCAAGUUUUUGGGCGAAAAAUGCUCUGGUGGAAAACACUCGAAAGACCGUGUCACCGUUCUAGUUGCGGCUAAUUUGACAGGGAGUGUUAAAAAAAAGUUAGUGGUCAUCGGAAAAUCAAAAAACCCGCGGUGUUUCAAAAACGUUAAGAACCUACCAGUGCAAUAUGAACACAACACAAGGUCAUGGAUGACAUCCCAGUUGUUUGAAAAACUUUUGCGCGAGUGGGAUGGAGAGCUAAGAAGGGAAAACAAGAAAAUUUUACUCUUAGUUGAUAAUUGCCCAGCACAUCCUCAUGUGGCAUCUCUAAAAUGCAUAAAAUUAGUUUUCCUGCCAGCAAACACUACAUCUGUGCUUCAACCAAUGGACCAAGGGGUCAUAAAGGCACUAAAAGUUAAUUUCAGGAAGCUAUUGGUAUUGAAAAUGAUCGACAAUAUUGAACAUAACGUUAAUUUGCUACAAGCAAUAAUAAUGGUCUCAAAAGCUUGGGAUAGAGUGGACGGUGACACAAUAAGAAAUUGUUUCCGUCAUGGAGGAUUUCUUAGCUCUGAUAACUCAGAAUCCAAUUCAACGUCGAAUACCGAAAAUCUGGCGGAUUGGGCAGAAAAUAUUAAUUUACCUCCCGAAAUGGGGGUAAAUAUCGAUUUUAAUCAAUAUGCUGCUGUCGAUGAAAACCUCGUCAGAGCUAACUGACGUCGAGAUAAUAGCAUCAGCUUCUCACUCAAAUGAAAAUCAUUCCUCAGAAGAAGAUGAAGCGGAAGAUUCAACGUCAUCAGCGGAAUUUCUUCCUCCUUCGGCCAGCUCUGCAAUGAAGGCGAUGUCAACGGUGAGAAAUUUUUUUUAUUUUGAGGAAGAGCCAAAGCCACACGUCAAAGAUGCUCUGAUGGUCGUGGAAAGAGAAAUCGAAAAAAUUUACUACGAAAAACACAGCGUCAAGCAAAAACUUAUCACAGAUUUCUUUUAGAUACAUAGUUUCCUUUAUUUUAUUCAUCUAUGUAUAUUGUUUACUUAAUAUCAUUACACUAAAUAUUAUAUAUGUAUGUAUAUUUAAUUUUAAUACAUGUAAUGCUAAGUUUACACUUGUAUUUUAUUCCCUUUUUUUUAUUUUAUUCUCUCUUCUAAAAUUUAUCAAUGGGGUGGUUAUAACGACCACCGGUUAUAACGACCAGGUUUCUCUGACCCCUUGGCGGUCGUUAUAAACAAUUUCUACAGUACUGUAUUGUUUUUUACCAUGGCUUCGAAAAGAAAACGUGUUGUGCUAUCGUUAACGGACAAACUGAAAAUUAUAGAGCAACUCGAUAAAGGUGUAACGGGUAAGAAGUUGUCUGAGAUUUAUGGUGUUGGAGAAGCAACAAUAUGUGACAUUAAAAACAGUAAGUCAACACUUUUAAACUUUGUUUGGGUGUUUGAAAAUGAAGAUGGAAGUUCCUCCAGGAAAACAAUGAAGACAGCAACCAACAAAAAUUUGGAAGA